UUCCCCGCCUUCUCCAUUUUCCGCCUUGCAAUGUGACUUUCAUGUGACUCUGGGAUGCAGAAAGACUCGGGAAGCAUCUGUCCAGGGAUUCCUUGGAAAGCCCUUUGACGCCACUGGUGUGAGCUGUUUUGCCAACUUUCCUUUUUGGCAGAAGCGCGGCCAUGGCCAUCGCGCCCAGCAUCCUGCGCUUCAAGUUCGUCCUUCUGGGGGACUUUGGGGUGGGCAAGACCACCUUCUUCCACCGCAUCCGGACGGGGCUCUUCCUGGAGGAGGCACACUCUCUCAGCCAACACAUGAGCCUCUGCGAGAGGACAAUGCCCUUGAAACACGGGCGCAGCACCCUCCAAGCCCAGGUUGCCUUAUGGGACACGGCCGGCGAGGAGCGCUUCCUCUCCCUGAGUAGCUGCUAUUUCCGAAACGCGGACGCAGUGUUGCUGGUCUACAGCCUCCACGCCCCAGGUUCCUUCGACAGCCUCCCUCACUGGGCAUAUGUGGCCACAGAGAACUGUGCCGACGCCGAUAUCUUUCUUUUGGGGAACAAGAGUGACUUGGAGAACUGCAUCUCCGAAGAGAAGGCGGAGAAGUUUGCUGCGGAGCACUCUGCGGCCGGGAGGUUCAAGGUGUCGGCCAAGACAGGUGAGAAUGUGGAGCGCAGCCUGCAGGAGAUGGUGGAGCGCCUCUUCCUGAGGAAGGAGUUCCAGCGCAGCGGCCUCCAAGUCCCUUUGCCAGAAGUCGGCUACUACAACUCCUGCAGCUGCUGAGUAGAGCCGUGGGGGAUCUACACGUUAGAAUUAAUCCAGUUUGGUCCCACUAUGCAUGGCUCCAUGCUAUAGCGUCCUGGGCGUUGUACUUUGGCAGAAGACCUUGUAAAACUGCAACUCCCAUGAGCCAGUGCAGUUGAAGUGGUAUCAAAGUGCAUCAACUCAGGAGUGUAGAUGUGCCCCUCAAUGGCUUCUUCCUCUCUGCCUUUCUAUAGACUCUCAGACACGACUGAACUGCAUACAAUACAGGAAUCUAUGCUGAACAUAUA